AUGUCUCAGCAAAUCGAUCAAUUUCCCAUUGUCAGUAUCAAUUCAACACAAUCCAUUACGCCGUUGAUUACCUUCGGUCCAAUAUCCAUUGCUAGCCUAUCCUAUAUACUCACAGCAAAUGGACAAGUUUUUAUGAAUGGUCCUCCUGUGAAUACUGUACAUCAUCCUUUUCAUUCUACGUUAUGGGAAUUUUCUUUUCGAAUACAUGAUGGUGCUCUUCGAAACCACUAUUAUGUCCUUGUAACGAAAACAGAAAAAUCUCCAAUGAACCAUGACACCAGUAUCGAUCGGAUGCACAUGCCAUUUCAUUCCAUUCAUUAUUCUUGCCAAGCUUGUGAAUCACUUGAAUCACUCACUCAAGAUCACUUGUCUAAUCUUGUUAAAAUAUAUUGCCAUCCAGCCAAGUAUGAAGAUGCUUGCUCCUUGUUAGGUUCAAGAGCUGAAUUAUUAGAAAUUGUACAAACGACCAAAUUACCAUUCUAUUCCAAUGGAUAUUUAUUACCGAGUUUUAUCUUUGAAAAUGAGAGAAUUAAAUGUAUGGAUUGUCAUCAUGGUGAAAGCAGUAUUAUGGCAUUUGUCACAGAAUCGAAUAAUAUUUAUGUAUUUGGAAUUGACGGAUUGGUCGGAAGAAGUAUUUAUUUGAGGCAUGGUUAUUAUAGCGAGAAACGAAUGGCAUGUCAACUUCGACCACCUAAAAGUGUUUUCAAACAUUCGAGUGUAGUUUCAAAAGACCGUUCCAGUCUUGAUCCGAAGAAUCAUCAUGAUGAUGGAGCUUGUUUCAUGACAAGUGAUCACUUUCAAAUAGAGAGUAUCAAAUGUGGCACUCGUGUCAUUGUCUUGCAAUGCAAAAAUAAGGAAAUAUUUGUUGCAGGAGAUAAUUCAAUGAGAUGUAUUGGGUUGGAUGCUCCAUCCUUUUAUGGAAUUUUAACAAGUUUGAGGUUUUCAAAAAGUGCACAUCAAGUAUUAAGAAAUGAAAUGCACAUUUCACAGAUUGUAUGUGGACAAUCAUUUGUUGCAUACUUGACAGAAAAUGGAAAUGUCUUUUACACUGGGUCAUUGGAAAAGAAGUAUUCUGAGAAAAUUGAACGAUUGAACAUACUCGGUGUGAUGAGAAAUCAUGAGAGUGACACUUAUAAUGAAAUUCAAGACACAAACGACCACUCGAGUAAGGUGAAAAAAAUUUCAUGUUGGGGAAAAGCACUCGCAUGUUUAAUGUCCGACAGGAAAACGGUAAAUUAUAUCGUGAGUGGAUUGAAAAUGAAACGAAUUCAAAUGGAAUGUUGUGAACCUAUUGAAGAUUUAUGUUGUUGUGGCGAAGACUCUUUGAGAGUAUUAUUGACCUGUCAUGAUUCACAAUGUUUGAAAAGUGUUGGAUUGGCCUUCUCCGAGAAUGGUAUUUCAAGUUUUGCAUCUCAUGCAUUGGCUUCCCAUAAUAAUAAGAUGAUGACCAUUCGUUAUCAGGAGAAUAUUUCAACCAUCCGUGAAUUUCAACCCAAGGAGACGGAAUUGAGCAAGUUCACACUUGGAAAAGUGGUCAAGUUGACCCAAGAAGGUCACGCUUACUUUCAGAGUCAUAGUUUGAUUUGUACCAUUGAGAGUAAGGAUCUUCAAAUCAUGAAGAGAAAUUUAUCCAAAGUGUUGCGAGUGCAUUUUCAAUCGGAUAUUGAUAUUGUUGUGGAAGAGGGUCUGUGUAGUGCUUUCUGGAUGAAACCAAGUAGGUGCAACCAUUCCAUUCGUUGA